GGAGACGCAUAUCAGAGCAACUACUCAACUACUAGUCACUGAAGUUAGAAUCAUACAGUAUAUAUUACCAUUAGGAGUCAGGUAGAAAGGGAUUCAUUAGUAAGUUAAUACUAUAAGUAAAAGUUAAAAUCAUAUAUAUCACAAUAUCAGGUCAGUCAGACUGAAUUAGUUGAUUAAUAAAUUGAUUGUGGUCAUCAUUGAUAUUCGGUACGGUUAGUUAAGAUGGCCGACUACAUCAACAAACAGGUGAUUGAAUUAAACAAAGUUAAUGAAGAAAACCAGAAUAGAGCAACGAGGAGCCUGAAGACUGAGACCCAUCUCUCAGAUAGAAGACUAAGACCCUACAGGCUGGCUGCUGUGUGUUUAGGAGUGCUGUGUGUUCUACAAGUCACUCUCAACAUUUCCCUGAGGCUGGCUUUCUACAACAGAGGCAAUGAGACUGUGGAGAAAAACCCGCUACAGACCAGUUACAACACUAAGACUAAAGAGAGAGACCAGCUACAGACCAGUUACAACACCCUGACUAAAGAGAGAGACCAGCUACAGAAGGAUAGAGAUGAUCUCAUGUCAAAGUUCUCUAAUCUGAAACAAAAAUGUCCUGAAGGCUGGCAGAAGUUUGAAUCCAGUUGGUACUUCCUGUCUACAGUGAAAAAACCCUGGAGGGAGAGUAGACAGGACUGUCUGGAGAGAGGAGCAGAUCUGGUGAUCGUAAACAGUGAUAUGGAACAGGAGUUUCUCUUUGGCCUUACUAAGAGAGCCUGGAUUGGUCUGACUGACUCUGUUACUGAGGGGACCUGGAAAUGGGUGGACGGCACCCCACUGACCACCCCGUGA